AUGGCCCAACAACAGAAGCAAACUCAGAAAUCUCGAGGAGCUCAGAAGACUGCAGUCGAAGCUACCCAUCUUCUGACGGAUGAAUUGACUGACGGACAAGAAGAUGAAGCCUCUCCGUUUAUGCUCGUCGAAAGGUUGGAGGUAAGCUAAAAUCAACCGUAUCUAUUUUUACGAUUUUUAGCAAUUUGGUAUUCAUGCCACAGAUCUAAGGAAGCUGAGAGAAUCUGGGUUUCAUACCGUGGAAAGUGUCGUUUAUGCACCUCGGAAGGAUCUUCUAAAUGUUAAAGGAAUCAGUGAGCAGAAAGCGGAGAAAAUUUUUGUAAGUUUUCAUGUGUCUAUAUUGUCGUCAAAAUUUUCAGACGGAAGCAGCUAAAUUAGUACCUAUGGGGUUCACAACGGCAUCUGACGUCCAUUCAAAGAGAUCCGAAAUCAUUCAGAUUGAGACUGGCAGCCGCGAACUUAAUCGUUUACUUGGUGGUGGAAUCGAAACGGGUUCAAUUACUGAGGUGAGGUGAAUUACUUUAUUUGUUAUGAUCUUUAGAUUUUCGGCGAAUUCAGAACGGGGAAGUCCCAGAUUUGUCACACGUUAGCCGUAAUCUGUCAGUUACCAGUCGAUAUGGGAGGUGCUGAAGGAAAAUGUCUCUGGAUUGACACUGAAGGCACAUUUAGACCAGAGAGAUUGUUAUCCGUUGCUAAUCGGUAAGCUGGUUACUCCAAUAUUUAUAAUAUUUUGCUCCUUUAGUUUUAAAUUGUCUCCAAAAGAUGUUCUGGAUAAUGUUGCUUAUGCGAGAUGCCAUAACACCGACCAUCAGAUGCAAUUGUUGGUUCAGGCCGCUGCGAUGAUGUCUGAAUCAAGGUAUACUUUCAUAUUAUGGUAUUAUUCGCUGUUUCAGAUAUGCUCUUCUGGUGGUGGAUAGUGCAAUGGCUUUGUAUCGAACUGAUUACUCUGGUCGUGGCGAGUUGGCCGCUAGACAAAUGCAUCUGGCCAAGUUUUUGAGGGGACUGAUGAAACUUGCGGAUGAGGUUAGUAACUACUUUUCGAAUACUCUUAUUAAUUGCUUAGCCUUUUUAUUCCUUUAUCUUCAGUUCGGUGUGGCCGUUGUAAUCACGAAUCAAGUUGUCGCCCAAGUUGAUGGAAGUGGAGGAAUGUUCCAAGCGGAUCCGAAGAAGCCGAUCGGUGGAAAUAUCAUGGCCCACAGCUCCACGACCCGGCUUUAUCUGCGGAAAGGGAAAGGAGCCAAUCGAAUUUGCAAGAUUUAUGAUUCUCCAUGCCUCCCAGAGUCUGAAUGCACUUUCUCCAUCACAUCCAAUGGAAUCGACGAUCCCCAAGAAUAA